CUGAUAAACAAGCAUAAGAAGAAGAAAAAGAUGAGCACAGUUGGAGCAGCCCACAACGUGACGGUUUUAGGGUCGGGUGAGACUACAGUAGUCCUCGGGCACGGGUUCGGCACGGACCAGUCGGUUUGGAGGCACUUAGUCCCGCACCUGGUGGACGAGUACAAGGUCCUACUUUACGACAACAUGGGCGCGGGGACAACAAACCCCGACUACUUCGAUUUCGAACGCUACUCCACCUUGGAAGGCUAUUCUUACGACCUCCUCGCCAUCUUAGAGGAGUUCCACGUCAGCAGCUGCAUUUACGUGGGCCACUCAAUGUCUGCCAUGUCUGCCGUUGUGGCAUCCAUUUUCCGACCGGACUUGUUUCGUAAGAUUGUAAUGAUUUCGUCAACUCCAAGGUUGUCGAACACGGAAGACUACUAUGGUGGGUUUGAUCAGCAUCAGCUGGACCAGCUGUAUGCCGCCAUGGAGGAGAACCACAGGUCGAUGUUGACUGGAUUUGCGCCGCUGAUGGUGGGUGGGGACCUGGAAUCGAGUGCAAUGCAGGAGUUCAGCCGGACACUGUUCAACAUUCGGCCAGACAUAGGGCUCAGCGUGUGCCGUAUGUUGAACAGUUUCGACCUAAGGCCUUACCUCAGCCAAGUCAGCGUCCCGUGCCACAUUAUCCAGAGCUCCAAGGACAUGCUGGUGCCUGUGGUGGUGGGGGAAUACCUCCGCCGGAGCCUGGGUGGGAAGUCCGUCGUGGAGGUGCUGCCCACCGAAGGACACCUGCCGCACCUCAGCGCGCCGGAGAUCACCAUCCCGGCGCUCGUCCGCCACAUACGCCAGGACAUUGCAGACGAGUGA